AUGUCUAGAUGGAAACCAAGAUAUUAUGAUAUAGGAGUAAACUUCUCAGAUUCCAUGUUUCAAGGAUACUAUCAUGGUAGCUCGACUAGAAAACAUCCAUGUGAUAUACCUGCCAUAAUUGAAAGAGCUCAUUUAUUUAAUGUUGAUAAGAUGUUAAUUACAGCAUCGACAAUACAAGAAUCUAAAGAUCAUUUUGAUUUAGUUGCUCAAUGGCCAGACCGUUUUAAAAGCACAGCUGGUGUUCAUCCGUGCUCUGUAUCUUCUGAAUUCUACAAGGAUGGGAAACUAGAUAAUGUUGAUGAGAAAUUGAAUACAUUAUUGGAGAUAAUCGAAGAUGGGAUAGCUAAGGAUUAUAUUAGAGCUUUUGGUGAGAUUGGAUUAGAUUAUGAUAGAUUGCAUUAUUCAAGUAAAGAGCAACAGGUAGAAAUGUUUAAGAAGCAACUAGAUUUGUAUGGGAAAUUGCUGAAAAAAUUACCAUUAUUUCUUCAUAUGAGAUCAUGUUGUGAUGAUUUUAUAAAUAUACUUAACCCUUAUAUCGAAUCCGGUAUAAUAGAGAGAGGUAAUGGUGUGGUUCAUUCUUUCACUGGAACAGAAACAGAUUUGGAGAAUUUGUUAAAAUUGGGAUUUUUCAUAAGUAUAAAUGGAUGUUCAUUAAAAACGGAAGAAAACUGUGCCGUUGCUGCAAAAAUACCCAUUGAUAAAUUACUAAUUGAAACUGAUUCCCCUUGGUGUGAAGUCAGGAAAAGUCAUGCAAGUUAUAAAUAUACAACAUCAUAUCCAAGUCAAUUUUACCCUAUAAUAGAGUCAAAUGCAUUAUUAAAUCAUAAACAGUUCAAAUUAGGUGAUACUUUACCUUUUCCAAUGAUAAAAAAUGAUCAUUACAAUAAAUACCAAGAGUUUAUAAAGAAUACAGAAGGUGACUAUGAUAAAUCAAUAGGUUUUUUAUCCCCACCUAUGAUUAAAUCUCGAAAUGAACCUGUUAACGUUGGUAUGAUUGCUGAGAUUUUAUGCAGAAUACAUAACAUAACCGAACCAAAAGACGUAGAAAAUUUUAUAGAUACAAUUUACAAUAAUUCAUGUAAAUUGUUUUAA